CACAACCAACUUCGUCUUCUUUCUCUUUCGCAAUGUUCUUAACUCUCUUUUCCGUCAAUGGUGCAAACAUAAAUUGUACAGUUCCACUCCCUUCCCCUUCUCCUCCCUUUUGUAAAUUCAUCCCUUAAUUCUCCCUUUCUUUCAAUUUCUUCAUUUCCCACUUCGUAUUUGUACAGUUAGGGUUGCAGACAAUGAGAAACACAGGAAUUUGAGGGGGAUAAAAAUCAGAUUUUGAUUAGUGGGGUUCGGAGAAAGUGGCGAAAAUGAACAUGGGUGCUACCGAGGAAGAAGAAUCGGCUGCAGAACUUGUCCCCCCUGCGGAAAUCGAUUGGCAGAAGCUGGACAAGUCCAAGUUUUUCUGCCUCGGCGCAGCCCUAUUCUCUGUGGUUUCCGCAACCCUAUACCCCGUUGUUGUGUUGAAAACGCGGCAACAAGUUACGCCUUCUCAGCUUUCUUCCAUAAAAAACGCGUUUUGGUUGAUCAGAAUGGAGGGUUUUAGGGCACUGUAUAGAGGGUUUGGCACUUCUCUGAUGGGCACAAUCCCUGCUAGGGCUUUGUACAUGGCUGCCCUUGAGAUCACCAAGAGCAAUGUAGGCACUGCCACUAUUAGGUUAGGGUUUGCUGAACACACUGCUGCCACGAUUGCCAAUGCUGCUGCAGGGUUGAGUGCAGCCAUGGCAGCUCAACUUGUGUGGACCCCAGUUGAUGUUGUUAGUCAGAGGUUGAUGGUUCAAAGUGGUGUUUCUAGUUCAUCAACUCAAUAUGUUAAUGGAAUUGAUGCCUUUAGGAAAAUUGUCAAGAGUGAUGGGGCUAGAGGGUUGUACAGGGGAUUUGGGUUAUCAAUUUUGACCUAUGCACCUUCAAAUGCUGUUUGGUGGGCUUCAUAUUCUGUGGCACAGAGAAUGGUGUGGGGUGGGGUACGGUGGUACUUGUGCAAGAAAAACGGUGGUGGUGAGAGUGAAUAUUUGAGGCCGAAUUCUAAGCUAGUGAUGGGGGUUCAGGGAGUGAGUGCAGCAAUGGCUGGUGGCAUGUCUGCUUUGAUAACCAUGCCAUUUGACACCAUUAAGACAAGGCUUCAAGUGUUGGAUCAUGGACGCCGUGGACCAACGGUGGUGCAGACAGUGAGGAAUUUGGUUAGGGAGGGUGGUUGGAUGGCAUGUUAUAGAGGGUUGGGACCUAGAUGGGCUUCAAUGUCUGUCUCAGCAACCACUAUGAUCACUACUUAUGAGUUCGUUAAACGACUUUCCACCAAAAAUCAAGAGGUUUUCACUUAAUAACAACAAAGAGAAAAUACAUAGAAGGAGAAGGGUUUUUCUCCUCUCUUUUUCUUUUGUCAAAGUCCUCUGCUUAUUUUCUUUUCAACUUGUCCCUUUUUUUCUUUUCUUUUUCUGCCUUCUUUAGCCAGGUUGACUGCUUGAUCAGUGUGAAGUUAUUGGAAGUCAUUUCUUAUGUGUAUAUUCUGAAUAAAAAUUAUUCUAACAUAGUUACAUUAACACGAGCUGAUGUGGUUUCACAUCCUGCAACAAUUUCAGACAAGAUAAAUAUGAAACCUUGAGAUCCUUUGGAUUUCAAUACUAUUA